AUGCCGGCCGAAAGGCGUUCUUUGCGAUCAAACAAUAAACCCGACAGCUCUUCAUCCGCUAACGGUGAAAAGGCAAACUCGAAUUCCCAGAGCUCGGGUGCGAAAGACAAGGCGCCCACCACUCGCGCCGCCGCCAACAAAGCCAAGUCAGCUUCAACCAAGAAAGACGCAAAGGGCGCAUCAAACGACAACAUGGGAGAAGAUGAUCAGUCGCAUAUGAAUGGCUCGAAGUCAACCGAGAACAGUGUGAAUGGAUCCGAAGAUGUUGAGAUGGGAGAGGAUACGGCAGGUGCGCCUACAUCCUCAUCCAACGCCAGCAAGGACCGCAAAAGUAACGAGAAGAUGACUGUUGUAGUGCCCCCGACCAAGGGUUCCAGAUCGUCCGGCAAGGAUAAGGAGGAGGAUGUGACAAUGGAAGGUGCGGAGGAUGGUGAUGUUGAGAACACCGAACCAGAGGUCGACCCGACAACCAAGGCGAUUCAAGGUUCGUCUAGUCUUCUUGCUCAAACUAAAUCCAAAUUUCUAACGACGAAUGCCUGUUUGUUUGACAUGGGUUUAGACAUCAAAUCCAACUUCACCUUGCUCGAGCGAGCCGUUGCCCACUUCGACCCUAGAUUUACCCUCCGUGUUCUGCGAUCGAUAUCGUCGAUGCGGAAACAUCUCACCCCGGAGGUCCUCGCCGAAGUCAUCGUGGAAACCUAUUCCGCUUCUAGCUCGACCGCCUCGUUCCUGUUGGAAGCUCUUGGACAAGCCAAUGCUUUCGAGAAUGCUACAGCUAGUUCGCAGAUGGAGAUUGACUCGGAUAAGAAGCCUAUCCCUAAGGAGACCCUUGCCGAGGUGGAUGCAUAUCUCUCCAUCCUUGUCCAGAUAUACCUGUUUGACCAACGGGAGAUUCAGAAGGGAGCUCAGUUCUCGACAAGCUUGAUUGAGCGCCUGCGAGUACUGAACCGCCGUACGCUGGAUUCUCUCGCCGCCCGCGUGUACUUUUACUACUCUCUCUUCUUCGAGCAAACCGCUCCACUUCCCCCUUCUCCUGCAGCGGCUGUUACCACUAUCCGCCAGCCAUUGUUGGCGGCACUGCGCACGGCUGUGCUCCGGAAAGAUGUUGACACACAGGCUACUGUGAUGACUUUGCUUCUUCGCAACUACCUGUCUACGUCUCAUAUUUCACAGGCAGAUCUACUGAUCUCUCAUAACCCAUUCCCCGUGGCUGCAUCUAACAAUCAGAUUGCUCGGUAUAUGUUCUAUCUCGGCCGCAUCCGUGCCAUCCAGCUGCAAUACACUGAGGCUCAUAGCCAUCUGAUUGGGGCUACCCGCAAGUCGCCUGCUAGCCAGGUUGCUCGUGGGUUCUACCAGGCUUCCCACAAGUUGUUGGUCGUUGUCGAGCUUUUGAUGGGUGAUAUUCCUGACCGCGCAGUCUUCCGCCAGCCGGCUUUGGAACGGGCCAUGCACCCUUAUCUGCUGCUUUCUCAGGCAGUCAGUGUUGCUGAUUUGGAUGCGUUCCUCAACAUUGUCACCACCCACAGUGAGACUUUCCGGAAGGAUGGCACAUACACCUUGAUCUUGCGUUUGCGACAGAAUGUAAUCAAGACCGGUAUUCGCAUGAUGUCGCUAUCUUACUCCCGUAUCUCUCUGCGUGAUAUCUGUCUUCGUCUCGGACUUGACAGCGAAGAAUCUGCUGAGUACAUUGUGGCUAAGGCUAUUCGGGAUGGUGUCAUUGAGGCCACACUUGAUCACGAGCACGGGUUCAUGAAGAGCAAAGAAGUGGGUGAUAUAUACGCCACUAGAGAACCUGGCGAGGCCUUCCACGAGCGUAUCCGCGCUUGUCUCGCCCUCCACGAUGAGAGUGUUAAGGCUAUGCGUUUCCCCAUGAACCAGCACCGCCUGGAGCUCAAGAGUGCCCAAGAAGCUCGGGAACGAGAGCGUGAGCUUGCCAAGGAGAUCCAGGAGGGAGACAUGGAUGAUGAAGAUGCCGGUGGUGAUUUCGAUGCCAUUUAA